AUGGACAGCGGCGGCCCCGCAGGCAGCCACCUGAUCGCCAGCAACGAGCCCGCGCCACCGGUAGCCGCCACCCGAGACUCGAGCCAGGGACGGACCGGACCGGGGCCGGCGGGCGCAGGCGGCAGCGCGCGCUCGGGGGGCGGGAGGCCGGCGGCUGCGAACGCGGCGCGGGAGCGCAGCCGCGUGCAGACUCUGCGGCACGCCUUCCUGGAGCUGCAGCGCACGCUGCCGUCGGUGCCGCCGGACACCAAGCUGUCCAAGCUGGACGUGCUGCUACUGGCCACCACCUACAUCGCGCACCUCACUCGCAGCCUGCAGGACGACGCCGACGCACCGGCGGAUCCCGGACUGGGCGCCCUGCGCGGGGAUGGUUACCUACACCCUGUCAAGAAAUGGCCCAUGCGAUCAAGAUUGUACAUUGGUGCUACUGGUCAGUUUCUGAAGCAUUCUGUCUCUGGAGAAAAAAUAAAUCAUGACAAUAUUCCAACAGACUCACAGCCUUAG